AUGACCGAGAAGGAGAGGCGACGAGGCGCUAGCCGGCUGCAGCGAUGGCAGCGGCGGCUGAUGAACGCCUGCGGCGACCCGGAGACAUUGACGACGGCCUCCGCGUAUGACAACGCCCAUGACGACGCCCAUGGCAUUUCCCCUGCUUCUCCAGCAACCCGCGCCCGCGAGAGGCGCCUGGCGGUGGAACGGCUCCGCGACGAGACGCCCAAAGCCCGCGUGUUGAAUUCCCCCUUCCGGAGAUUCGAGCCCGUUAAGAAGGACUACGAGUUGGGCGCCCAGCUGACAUGUUCAGGGGGGACAGGGAUGCGGUAUGUCACUCACAGACGGACCGGAGAGCGGUGCGUCUGCCGGGCGAUGCCGCUCCCCGAGGCGGACGAACGGUCGGAACGGCUAGUGAGGGAGCGGGUGUAUGCAGAGAUUGACAUCCUGGCCCACAGCUUCGAGCCCGCCGUGCCGGUGCUGCGCGAAUUUUACAUCGGCAAGAGCAGGGUGUACCUCGUUAUGGAGCUCCCCGCGGGCGGGGGCUUGCUGGAGGGGGUGCUGGGGAGCGGGCAGACGUACACUGAGGCGCAGGUGAAGUUCCUGUUCUUGCAGAUGCUGACCGGCCUGGCGUUCCUGCACAAGAACGGCAUCACGGACAGGGACCUGUCGCUGGACAGCUUCAUGCUUGCCGGGUCGGAUGGCAACAUGGACAUACGGAUGACCGACCUUGGGAUGUGGGAGGGGGUGGAUGGCGGGAGGCGGCAGGAGAUGGGCACGUUUAAGUACUACCCGCCUUCGGCGAUCCGCAAGCACGUGGACAAGGUGGGAAGGUCCAUCGACAUGCUGUCCCUUGGGGCGGUGCUGUUCACGCUGCUGAGCGGCGAGGUGCCGUUCUACGGGCCAAAGGGGCAGGCGGAGGUCCACGAUAACAUACUGGCAGGGCGGUUCUCGAUGGAGGGGGCGGCCUGGGCGGCCGUGACGCCCGCUGCCAAGGAUUUGGUGUCAAAAUUGCUCGUGCCGAACCACAAGGAGCGGCUGACCAUCACAGAGGCGAUGGAGCACAAGUGGGUGCGUGGGAUUGUGUGCAGCAUCCAGUCGCUGGCGGAGUCCAGGCAGCUGAUGGCAGACCAGGGGGUGGGCGCGCUGUUGGGAAGAUCGGCGGCACUGGCCUGUGAAAUCAAUAGAGUGAGGUUCGAAAAACUGAGGACGAUGAUUCUGAAGUGCUGGGGGGUGAUCGGGAAGAGCUCGGAGAUGCCGCAGAACACGGUGCAGUGGGGGCUGUCCGUGACGCCGCCCGACCUGGCCUCCCGGAGGCGGAUGGCCGCCAAGGCCGCCAAGGCAGGGUCUGGGAGAGAAAACGGGAAGCAUGCAGAUGACACGAAGGGCACGGAGACAAAGACUGCAGAAGAUGCUGAGGAGCAAGCUGAGGGCGAAGUUGAGGACGACGUUGAAGAUGUCAGCUCGGUUGAAGUCGAGGAUUGUGUUGGGGAUGGAGUUGAAGAGGUGUGCGAGGUGGGCUUGGCAGAGGGGUGGGUGGAGGUGGCCCACCCCAUGGUGUGCCCCCAGCCUGCGGAGGAGGAACGGGAGGAGGAGGAUGACGGGCCUGCGCCGCUCAUGUCCAGGCCCAGGGUGUGUGUGGAAUUUGAGAAUUGGGAGGGAGGCCACACGAGGCAGAACAGUGACGCCCGGGACAUGGCCUUCUCGCAGGCGGUCACCACUGCCCUGUCGAGGCAGCUCUGCCAGAGCCACAAGAACCCCCAAGACGAGGGCCCUCCCAGGCCAAGUCCCACCUCUGUCACAAAGUCCAGCCAGAUGGCUUCACGGGCGCCAGGGCAUGCCAGGGACAUAUAUCGGGGUUCAGAGCCCUUGCCUGACAUUGAUGCAUUUGACAUUCAGGAUGCGCCCCAGGCGCAGGGUGCACAGGGCUUCGUGCCAGGACGUGCUAGAGACAUCUAUCGGGGAUCGGAGCCCUUGCCUGACAUCGACGAGUUAGACAUUCAGGAAGCGCCGCAUGUGCAGGGCGCUCCGUCAACAAGCUCAGCAGGCAAAGAUGCCCCACAGACUUCAUUGGACCAGAAGAAUCCCCCAGGACGGGGCCCUCCCAGGCCAAGGCCCAUCUCUGCCACAAAAUCCAGCCAGAUGGCCUCGCAGGCGUCAAGACAUGCCAGGGACAUACAUCAGGGAUCGGAGCCCUUGCCUGGCAUCGAUGAGUUCGACAGUUGGGAUGGGCUCCGUGCGCAGGGAGCUCCUUCAGGAACCUCAGCAUUCGACCUGAAGAACUCCCAAGGAAGUGCCCCUCCCAGUCCAAGGCCCAACUUCGCCAUGAAGCCCAGCCAGACGGCUUCGCGGGGGCCAGGACGUGAUGGGGACAUCUAUCAGGCAUCGGAGCCCUUGCCUGACAUUUAUUCUUUCGACAGCCUGGAUGCGCCCCGUGCACGCGGUACGCUGGCCCCAGUGCCUUCAUUGGACAAGGGAUUCACCCUUGUGCGCACUGCACCCAAGUCCAUGGGCAAGGGUAGACGAAGGCAACCAGGGCCUUAUCGCUGCUAUUCCUCUGAGGCUUGA